AAUCGAACAAAGCAAGAACAUCGAUAAAAUUGUAUUGAUUGUUCUAUCAUCACCAAUUAGCAUAAAUAAAUUGUAAAAGAAAUAUAUUUUGUAUCGCACACAAAUUAGAAUUGUAACGAAAACAAACCAUAAAAAAAUGCACUGCCGUGCUUGUAUGCAAGUGGAUUGUGAUACAGUUGUGGAUAUGAAUUGUGUCGGAACUGCGGAGGAUGGUAAAACACUAUACGAUUACUUCAAUGAAUGCACUCAACUGCAAGCAACAGCGAAUGAUGAACUUCCACAAAUAUUAUGUACAACUUGCACAGAACAACUACAUAAUGCCUAUAAUUUUAUAAAAAAGUCACGUAAGUCCGAUGGAGAACUCAAAAAGAUUUUGACAUUACAAAAAGAUGGCGUAGACAUUUAUACUACUACCCAAACGACACAGUAUGUAGAUGAAUGUACAAAUGAUCCUUUAGCGACGCCUGAAGAACAAAUUGUUGUAACUGAAACUUCCAACACUGUUAGCGAUGCUGAAGUGGCUAUACCUGUGCCAGAAAUAAAAGUAGAGUUAGAGUUAGAUAUUCCUGAAGAUUUUGAAAAAAUAAUGGAGGAUCAUGUUGUGAAAAGUGAUUCCGAAUCUUCGCAGCAGGGUAACAGUGAUGAUGACAGCGGUGACGUUAUCAAGCCAGGCGUGUCACAUUCUUGUGAAAUAUGUGAUUGUAAAUAUUUAACGCAAAAGGAAUUGAAAGAUCAUAUAUUUGAUCUACACAAAUCUCAUAUCAUCUGCAUGAAAUGUCCAAAAGUUUAUGAGCUACCCACGGAAUUACAACUUCAUGAAUCUAUUGUGCAUGGCACGGAAUCACCAUUUCAAUGUACAUGGUGUAGCGAUUCCUUACAACGUGAAGAUCUACCUAAACAUAUUCAGAGGGCGCAUAAGAUUUCAUAUUUCAAAUAUUUUCCGCGUACGAAAAGGCUUUGCAAUAAUAAUGAUGAGAAUAAUAGUUUUCGAUGUGAUGACUGCCAACUGCAUUUUUCAUCCAUACUUGAGUUAGCGUAUCAUGUAAAGGAUCACAAAUUUGACUGUCCAUUAUGUUUAAAGAGUUUUCGAAAACAUGGUUCGUUUCGGGCACAUGUUAAACGCAUACAUAAUCAUUCACUAAGUAGCUUAAAAGUUGCGGUUGGUGUUGACGACGAUGCAAAUAAGCCAUAUAAGUGUUCCUUAUGCUCCAGACAGUUCAGAUUGAAACGGUCUCUUCAAGGACAUUUGAAAGUGAAACAUAACCAGUGUACACGACAAUAUGUAAAAAACGACGAGGAUAAGCUAUUUGAAUGUGCGUUUUGCACAAUGCGUUUCGCUACCCAAAAUUCGCUUUAUCAUCACAAAAGACGCAAACAUCGAGAUUUAAUACCAACACCUGUUGCUGAUAGCGAAAUCAGUACUACGGUGGCGGAAAUGGAAAAUGACCAAGCAAACAGUGAAUUUGUUAAUUGCACAUUUUGUCAUAAGGAUAUACCAAGAAGUGAAUUUAAGCAUCACGAAAGACGACACAAGUAUGCCUUGAAUCAAAAAAGAAAAUUUUUAUGUGCAUUCUGCCCGCGUGAAUUUAAUUCUGAAUCUUCUGUUAAAUUGCACGAAAAGAAGGUGCAUAUGUGUGAAAAACCCGAACCCAAGGAAUGUCCAAUAUGCCAGAAAAAAGUUGAUCCGAAAUAUUUAAAAAACCACAUAGAGAACGUGCACACGUCCGAGCGUAAAUUUAUCUGUGAUAUUUGCGGUGAUCCUUUCAAGAGUUACGUUUUGCUUCACAGCCAUAAACGUUUGCACUUGGAGCGAAAUUUCGCAUGCACCGUGUGCGAGAAAAAGUUUAUACGCUCAUCCGAUCUGAAAGUACACAUGCGCAUACACACAGGCGAAGAGCCAUAUGAAUGUCAUUUGUGUGAUCGUAGAUUUAAAAUCAAAGUGCGCCUUAAUUAUCACCUGCAGCGUCAUGCUGGCAUCAAGCGGAAGUGUCAGGAGUGCGGCAAGGAAUUUAAUCAUGUUAAACAGCUGAAAAUCCAUUCCUAUAAACACACUGGCAUGCCAUAUCGAUGUUCUGUGUGUGAAUAUGGCUGUGCGCAGCGUGAUGUUUUUCGAAAGCAUUUAUUACGUAUGCACGACAUGACUAUGACUGAUGAGGAGUAUUGUGCAAUGUUCAAAGCGAAUACUGGGCGUAAUCCACAUGUGAAGACUCUGGAAGAAUUGCAGUCGGAGGCGCAAAUUAUGGAGCAAGAACUAGAGCAAGAGCAGUCAAACUAAAACAUUGUAUGACGAACAAAAAAUAUGAUUUAUAUUUUUAAACUAUUCUUCCCCGCGGCUGCGCUCGCAUUUAAUCACUUGAAUAAAUAUCAAAAGUUUAUUAACAAUACAAAAUUACUAAAUGCAUAUUAUAUGUACACGAAUACUAUAACGCGAUGAUACCAUCUUUGCGCUGGUGGUAUUAACCCAAAUUAUGUCUGAUUAACGCUUUCGAUGCAUUUUUGUUUGGUUAGAUUUUAACAUUUUUCGAUAAACAAUCAACCGAAAUUGAAUAUUAUUUUAUUGAAUUGAAAUAUAUUUCAACGAGUAAAAUUGUAAAAUCG